GCGAUACCUACGUGCUCCGGAUAGCGCGGAUGGAACACGUCGCCUCAACCAGAGCCAAUUGUCGUCUUUUGAACAGUUCGUCGUGGUCAUCGCAUGUGGAAUAUUCGCGACAGCCAGUGCCAGUGCCAGUCUCAGUGCCAUAGUGCGUCAUUCGUAGCUUUUUGUUGACUCCACACAAACACCAUGAUGCUGCCUAAGAACCAAUCAAUGUGGCACGAGUAGUAUUUUUGUUUACCUUUUUUUUAUUGUUCACAAAAAAAACCCAAAGGCGAAAGUGCAAGUGUGGCAAGAUUGAAGCCAAUUCAAGUCAAGAGUCAAGUGAUUUGCCAGUCUCAUUUCUCGAAUGGAAGCCGAAACUCUAGAGGUCCAGGGCAUUUUGAAGGUUUCUGAGGAAGGGCUGAGGCCGCUCCGCUAAACCAUCGGCUUAUCGAUCUCGGCGGCGGAGUUAUCGGCUUUCCGGGACUAAAAUGAUGCUUUCUGAUUUCUAUCGAGCACAAUCCGUAAGCCACGUACCCACGUGCAAAGGAUGAGGCGUCCCAAAGGAGCACAUUGGGCACUAUCAUCAGCAUCGAGCGCGGCCCAGACGGUGCCACUAUCCCACAGCAGUUCACAAUCCAGCAGCUGCCUGAGAAGCCUGAGACUCCUCCGGCUGCUGGCCAUUGUCACAGUAAUUGGAUCGCAAUUUCAUGCCGUUCUAUGCAUUGCAUCCGUUGAACCCACAGCAGCAUCACCGGCAGCCACAACGGGUUCCCAGCAGCAUUCCAGCGGCGCCGGCGAGAAUCACAGCUACUUUUUUGAUGACUAUAACACAACGAAGACGACUUCAUCAACCGCCGCUGGUUAUCCUUCGACAGGAGCUAGCGCCAGCACAGCUGCUCUCACAUACCAGGACCAAUCCCAGUCCCAGUCCCAGUCCCAGUCCCAAUCCCAAUCCCAAAUGCCUGCCGAGGCAGCAUUGCCGGUGGCUGCGGCGGCGGCAGACUUAUCGCACUUCGCCAUUAACCCGGGCGUGCGGCUGGACAGGGCUUCCGUAAAAGCGGCGGGAAGCAAUGAGAUUAGCAAUAGCACGCCAAUCAAAAAUUUAAUUACUAGCUUUGGGCGCCCCGCUUUGAUAGCGGACGACCAGCAGCAGCAGGAGCAGCUGCCGACAGGGGCAACGGCGGUUGUUGCAACAACAACGACAGCAACAACUCUGGCGGCAACCCUAAAAAGUGCCAAGAGCACCAUAAAGCAACCCAUCGAUUCCACGCGCUCCAGGAACCAUUGGACAGUGGGUGUGGGUGGAGGUGGAUCCGCUUCUCGUGACACGGAACGACCCCGUACCUUCCGCAGCAAGCACCACCAUGAGCACCACUGGGGGCCAUUCUUCGAGGAGCCCGUCAAUUCGGGUGCCUCCGGCGAGAACCUCGUUUCCGCCGUGCACUUGUUUACGGAAGCGGUGCUCAACUGCCGCGUUGGCAUGCUCAAGGACAAGACGGUCAUGUGGGUGAGACGGACGAGUGAGAAGGUAUCCCUGCUGACCGUUGGCAAUGUCACCUACAGCGGCGACCCAAGGAUACGGGUCAAGUUCCAAUAUCCGAACAACUGGCGGCUACUGAUUAAUCCCACGCAGACUGAGGACGCCGGUAUAUACAUGUGUCAGGUUUCCACUCAUCCGCCGCGGGUGUUUACCACGAACUUAACCAUCUUGGAACCCCCGCUGAGGAUAAUCGACGAGCAUGAACGGGAUGUGGGGGAUCGAUACUACAAAUCCGGCAGCACCGUCGAUCUGCAGUGCCAAAUAUCGCGAAACUUUUUCCUUAAAGAACGCUACACCAUCCUCAAGUCAACCGAAACCACAAAAGGGGGUGUCGUCCAGAAACUAUAUAACGAGUCGAGCGGUGAGCCAAAUUUAUUGGGCAACGCCAGCCAGGAUCAGCUGAAGCUCACGGGCCAGGAGCUGGAGAAAUACUUUAGUAAAUUUAUCACCUGGACAAAGGAUGAGGAGCCCCUCCAGGGACUGACCAACAAGCGAUCAAGCAUUUCAGAUAAAUGGCUAACUAGUCGUAUUUCCAUUGAUGAUGCCAAACUCUCAGAUAGUGGCAACUAUUCCUGUUCCCUUGGCCGACUGUUUACUGUAAUUGUCCAAGUACAGGUACUCACAGGGGAACUACCCGCGGCUGUCCAACACAACAUAGCAUCCAGACUUCAAAUCUGUUCACCUGCUGCGCUCCUGGUUAUUCUCCUCGUCGUCCAUAUUUCUCUACACUUGGCGAAAAAGUGAAGGACUUUAAUGUGAGGAAUGUUUAACAUCAAGACAACAUAUUGUAGCCCAUUUUCACAAAUCAUUUACGUAGUAAAUAUUUGCGAUUAAGGGCAUAUCGGGGUG